AUGGGCAAGAAGCCUUCUCCCGUUCCCAAAAAAGCUGCAGUCAAGAGCAUUGCGAAACCAAAGGCGAAGCCCAAGGCGAAGCAGCUUCCAGAGAAGCCGACUGCAACCACAGCAGACGAUCGAAAGAACAUGUCUGGCUUCGUCACGUCCAUGAAGUACAAGCAAACUGCCCAGAACAACAAGCACAGCACCAUAGCUCAGAAGUUGCUGGAGGACUUGACGUGGGCGGCGGCAUACAUCGAGACGAGCACUCAUGACGAACAAACAGAACGAGAGAAAAUCAAAGGCAUGUGCACUCGCAAAGAAAUUUUGGACAUGGAGGGCAUUGACACGGAAGGAAUGCCAGAGAAAAUGACCCUCGUCGCCGACCACCGCAUUCCCCAGAUGAAGAAGUACUACUACGAGCACGAUGCUAAGAUCAAGGAACGGGAAACAGACACUCGAAGCCAGUCCAUGAAUGUACAGACCACUGGCUUCAAGAUGGAAACCGCGCAAAAAAUGCUCACCCAUGUCGAGUCCGACCCGAACAUCAAGAUUGAGAACCCGUGGCAUGUAGAGCUCAUGGUGAAGGUAAAGGCUGUGUGGCAGGCUAAGGGCAAGCUAGAUAAGGAGGAGACCCUGCUCAAGGACACUUUGGCUGACUUCGAGACGGCCGUGCACGGGAAGGCUGGCUUCGACAAGAUCGUCAAAGAAUACGAAGUCAAGCUGGGAGUGCUCACCACGUUCCUCACCGACCUGAGAAAGUCGUAUGCCAAAGUCAGCAAGAUCGAUCCUUCGGAUGAAGCCUUGUGCAAGACUGCCUUGGCUGAGUGGCAAAGUUUCGGAGAGCACAUGUUGAUUCACCAGGUGUGUUUCUUCGAUUCGUCGUGGACCCACAGUUUGCAGCUUAUGUCGGAAUCCCUCGAGGUCGUCACGAUGAAUUUUCCUCAUGUCGGGGGUGAUCUUGCUUCAAUGCGAUUUCCCCUAACAGCACUCUACAAGGGACACUGUGCAAAAACUUCUACUCUCGAUGCCAUUAUGCACGUGUUGGCCUGGUCGCUCACCUGCCUUGCUGAAGGUGUUUUCCCCAAGUAUGGGCCACAUGGAGAAGAGUUAAAAGGCAAACGUGCUAAACUUGCUGGCAGGAGCUUGCAUGCAAAGGGCAUAUUGGUGGAGGUCCGGGGCGAUUGGGCUGCAUUCAAAAGUGUUUUUCGCCUACCAGCUUGGUCUCAGACAGAUGCCUGCUGCUACCGAUGCCAAGCCAACAAGACAAAUCUCAGCUUCAUGGACGCUAGCAGCACAGCUCCAUGGCGACAGCUUCCACUUACACACUGGGAGCUGGUUGGUAGGAUUUUUGCAGCACACGGAUCAUGUUCCCCCUUGUUUGCAUGUCCGGGCUUCAAGACCGAUGUUUUUGCAAUAGAUUGGUUGCAUUGUGUCGACCAGGGGGUCGCGGCGGACUAUUUGGGCUCUUUGAUGCACACAAUCCUCAAGGAAAUCCCCGGAAGCCCAACAGAGAAACUGGCUUGCUUGUUCAAACAUGUGCAGGAUUUUUACAGACGGAGCAAUGCUGAGUCCAGACUGGACAAUCUCACAGCCGGAAUGAUCAAAAAGCAAAAUGCUGCAAGCCCAAAGCUACGAUGCAAAGCUGGCGAGGCUAGGUGCCUCAUCCCGUGGAUCUCUGAAGCUUGUGAGCACUUCCUCACUGGGGACACUGCUGAGCAUCGGGCAGCAACGGAUGCAGGGAAGUAUCUGCAAGAGUGCUAUUCCCAUUUGAGUCCUGCUCGUUUUGAUAGGAAUAAGCUAGCUGCAGCCUGCCGAAAGUUUUUGCUUUUGUAUGCUAGCUUGGCUACCCUGUACAGCAAUCAGUCGGUCUGGCGCUUCAAACCCAAGCACCACCUUUUCCUUCACCUCUGCGAGGAAAGCUUGGACUCCCCAAGCUUGCAUUGGAAUUAUCGCGACGAGGACUUCGGGGGAGCCUGCGCGCUCUGCGCCGCGCCCAUCGACGCGGGCAGCUGCGAGGCGGACCACGUGGUGCCGGUGCACCAGUCCUUCUUCGGGCAGCGGCAGCGGCUGCAGGCCGUGUGGUUGGAGUGCCACCGCGCGAAGACGUUCCUGGAGUGCUCCCACGCCACGAGCCUGGAGAGCCGCUUCUGCCGCCACGUCUACGAGAGCUACGCCUGCUCUCCCCGACUGCCUCCCCUGGUGUGCGGGUUGUCGAAGUGCAACCCCGAGAAGGUGUGCCAGGGCGUGGACGUGGUGCGCUGCCGGAAGAACGCGCUGGCCAACGCCCCCUUCCCGCUGCCCGUCUUCUGCCCCCUGGACAGCAUCCGGCCGGCGGAGGAGGGGCAGCUGGCGGACCUCACCUUCGUGCGGAAGCGGGAGGACAAGCGCGAGGGCUUCAUGGCGCGGCUGCCCUACGUCGGCCCGGGCUGGUACGGGAAGCCGGCGGUGGCCUACAUGCUCGACAUCAUGGAGACUGCCUGGUCGGAGGGGGAGGAGCACUUCGCGAAGCUGAGCGUGAACGCGCUCAUCGGGCUGUGGGCGCGCUCCAAGGACGUCUACUACUCCAUGAGAACGAGCAGCCACGAGGCGGACGCCUGGGGCUCCCAGUUCCUGCAGGUCUUCUUCGACACCGCGGGCGCCUGCCACUACGACCACGUCUACGCCACGGAGCUCUUCACGAACCGCUCCACGCGCCCGGCGCACGACUUCGUGAUGGCCUCCGAGUACGUGGCAAUGGCGAGGAUCCACCGCGCGCUGCGGGAUGUACCACCCCGCUACCUGGUGGCGCUGAAGACCGACUGCCUCGUGUACCAGAACCUGCCGAAAAAGUUCCUCCCCGCCGUGGAGGCGCUCACGCGGCAGCGGCAUCGGGACGGCACGCCGAAGUUCCGUUUUGAAGAGGUAAAGCGGUUGGAGGGAGACUACCGAGAGCCGCGGCUGGAGACGGAGCCGCCGCCGAGGCAGGAGCCCUGGAGGCACGUGGAGGACCCCGUGGCGCACUGUCUCGACGGGGAGAGCCUGCUGCUCUCCGGCAUGCCGGGCACGGGGAAGACGCAUUUGGCGAGGCAGAUCGUGGCGCAGCUCUCGGCGCAGGGCGAGGACGUGACGCUCAUCUCGAAGACACACUGCAGUGUGCAGAACGUGGGCCUGGGGGCGCAGACGGCGGACCUCUGGGUGCGGCGCACCAUCCGCGCUGGCCGCUGCGCGCUGGACUGGCUCGUGGUGGAGGAGGUCACGCAGCUCGACGUGGGGCUGUGGGCCGACAUCGCUGAGCUCUCGACGAACCGACGGGUGCGCUUCCUGCUGCUGGGCGACUUCCGGCAGCUGCCCGCGGUGCAGGACGCCUUCGGGGGCUCGCAGGUGCUGCGCUCGCUGCUGAAGGAGUCGCAGCUGCUGCACGACCUGGCGGGCGGCUGCGUGCACGAGCUCACGGAGAACCGGCGCAGCGACGAGACGAUCUUCCGCUUCCUGCAGUGGCUGCGCGUGGACGAGCCCGAGCAGGCGCCGCUGCGGGAGGCCGUGCAGGCGGCCCGGGAGCGGUUCCCGCGGCGGGGCCACCCCGACACCUGCCUCGUCAUCUCCCACGCCCACAGGAUGGCCAUCAACGAGCGAGAGAACAAGAGGCUGGCCCCGUCGGAGGGCGCGCUGGUCGUGGAGCACCGGGCGCCUCAGCAGGCGGGCACAAACCAGCCGCAGACCAUGAGAGUGUGGCCAGGGCUGAGGCUCGUGGGCGCGGGGGGCAGGGUGCCCAAGGGCUGCUUCGCGACGGUGCGGGAGGUGGCGGAGGAGCGGAUCUCGCUGGACGACGGGCAGAGCUUCACGCCCGCGGAGCUGCUGCGACACACGCGCCUCUGCCACGCGAUUACCUACGCCUCGUGCCAGGGCCUCACGCUGCGGGGGAGAGUGUGGCUCUGCGACGCCGACAACCCGCAUUUUUCAGUCAAGCGGCGCGUCGCGGGCCACGAGCGCGGAGCUCCUGAGCGUGCUGUGAGGACUUGCACCCCGCUGCCCUUGAGGGUGGUGCGCGACACGCACCACCCCCAGAAGUCCCCGAAAUGGUGCUUAAUUGCGCCCGGCUGCCCUUGA